AGCAGCGCAGGGACGGCGGCGGCAGCGGCGGUGGCGGUUGCGAUUCGGAGUCGUUGAGACGCCUCUGCGGCAGCUGGUGGCGCAGGUGGCUUGCGUGAACGCGGGCAGUGGCGGCCGGCCCGCCACCGCAGCCUCAGCGUCCGCAGCCCCGGCAGGCGCGUUGGAACACCCCGAGGCAUCCUCCGGCCCCCGCCGCCCCGGAGCCUCCGUUCCCGGCGGUCCUCCCGCAUCCCCCCGCCGUCCGUACCGCCGCACCUCCUCACUGGUCUUCGGAUCCGGAUCCGCGGCAUCGCCCCUCACGAAACAUGACUCGCGAUUUCAAACCUGGAGACCUCAUCUUCGCCAAGAUGAAAGGUUAUCCUCAUUGGCCAGCCCGAGUAGAUGAAGUUCCUGAUGGAGCUGUAAAACCACCAACAAACAAACUACCCAUUUUCUUUUUUGGAACACAUGAGACUGCUUUUUUAGGCCCAAAGGAUAUAUUUCCUUAUUCAGAAAAUAAGGAAAAGUAUGGAAAACCAAAUAAACGAAAAGGCUUUAAUGAAGGUUUAUGGGAGAUAGAUAACAAUCCGAAAGUGAAAUUUUCAAGUCAACAGGCAUCAGCUAAACAAUCAAAUGCAUCAUCUGAUGUUGAAGUUGAAGAAAAAGAAACUAGUGUUUCAAAGGAAGAUACUGACCAUGAAGAAAAAGCCAGCAAUGAGGAUGUGACUAAAGCAAUUGACAUAACCACUCCAAAGGCUGCCAGAAGAGGAAGAAAGAGAAAGGCAGAAAAACAAGUAGAAACCGAGGAGGCAGGAGUAGUGACAACAGCAACAGCAUCUGCUAAUCUAAAAGUGAGUCCUAAAAGAGGACGACCUGCAGCUACAGAAGUCAAGAUUCCAAAACCAAGAGGCAGACCCAAAAUGGUAAAACAGACCUGUCCUUCAGAGAGUGACAUGGUAACUGAAGAAGACAAAAGUAAGAAAAAGGGGCAAGAGGAAAAACAACCUAAAAAGCAGCUUAAAAAAGAUGAAGAGGGCCAGAAGGAAGAAGAUAAGCCAAGAAAAGAGCCAGACAAAAAAGAGGGGAAGAAAGAAGUUGAAUCAAAACGGAAAAAUUUAGCUAAAACGGGGGUUACAUCAACCUCUGAUUCUGAAGAGGAAGCAGAUGAUCAAGAAGGUGAAAAGAAGAGGAAAGGAAGAAACUUUCAGACUGCUCAUAGAAGGAAUAUGCUGAAAGGCCAACAUGAGAAAGAAGCAGCAGAUAGAAAACGCAAGCAGGAGGAACAAAUGGAAACUGAGCAGCAGAAUAAAGAUGAAGGAAAGAAGCCAGAAGUUAAGAAAGUGGAGAAGAAGCGAGAAACAUCAAUGGAUUCUCGACUUCAAAGGAUACAUGCUGAAAUAAAAAAUUCACUCAAAAUUGAUAAUCUUGAUGUGAACAGAUGUAUUGAGGCCUUGGAUGAACUAGCUUCCCUUCAGGUCACAAUGCAACAAGCUCAGAAACAUACAGAGAUGAUUACAACACUGAAGAAAAUACGGCGAUUCAAAGUGAGUCAGAUUAUAAUGGAAAAGUCUACUAUGUUGUAUAACAAGUUUAAGAACAUGUUUUUGGUUGGUGAAGGAGAUUCUGUAAUCACACAAGUGCUGAAUAAAUCUCUUGCCGAACAAAGACAGCAUGAAGAAGCAAAUAAAACCAAAGAUCAAGGGAAGAAAGGGCCAAACAAGAAGCUAGAAAAGGAACAAGCAGGUUCAAAGACUCUAAAUGGAGGAUCUGAUGCUCAAGACAGUAAUCAACCACAGCAUAAUGGAGACAGCAAUGAAGAAAGCAAAGAUGAGGCCAGCAGUAAGAAAAAGCCAUCCAGUGAAGAGAGAGAGACUGAAAUAUCUCUGAAGGAUUCUACGCUAGAUAACUAGGUUGACAUACCUGGAAUAUAAGGAACAUUUGAGAAGUUUGUAAUGGUUUUCAUUAGAAAUAUUUAGACUGCUGAAAGUUUUAAAUUUUUAUAAGCAUAGGUUUUGAUGUUUAAAACUUGUUUUGAGGGAGCAGAAUCCCUUUAUCUUUGUUUAAAAGUAAUUAAACAUUGCUUAAUUGUACUUGUGCAGUAUUAACAGCUACAUUAUACAGUGAAUGAGGGAAAAUCCAUGUAGGAAAUGUUGAACUGCUUUUCAAGACAUGGGUUGUAGCAUAUUUUCAAUUAGUGUGUGUAUGUUAAUGUGUACUUGAUAGUAGGAAAAAGUUACAUUUUUAAAACUGCUACUUGUAUAAAACCUUUGCUCUUUUCCCAAAUACUGUGGGUUUCGUGAAUGGUUUUUACAAAUCUUGGAUUUAUCAGACUGUCUUUUCAACUGUUUGUGGGUUUUGUAGAAGUUACACAUUUUUAUGGUAGAUAAAAUGUUACUUCUAUAUAAGUACUCCCUUCUAUCUAAAAUUAAUCUCAGUCUACAUUGUGCUACAUUAUCCCGCUGCUUUGUAACUGUGUGGUCUGUAUGCCUUUUUGUAUGACUAGAUACACAACUGACAUUGAACUGACAAUUCCACAAAGUACAAAAAUUCAUGUUAACUUUGGAAGGUAAUUUAAUUUUUUUGGCUGGGAAUUCAGCAAAGUCACAUGAUUUUUCUGAAGAGAGCAGAAUGGGUGUACAUAGGAUUGAAUCUGGCUCUAGGCUUCAGCCAGUUAAGAUCCUUUACAGGUACUAGUAGCUGAAACUGAAAACUAAAUGAGAAAAGUUUAUUUUUGAGACAUUUCUGAAUUUUUUAAAAAAAGUCACACUCAUUAAACAAGUCACUAAGUGUGGUAUUUUUUUAAUUGGAAAACAAUCCAUGAUGCUUAUACAGUUAAGUAAAAAAUACUAUAUAAGGAAACUAACCUAUUUGAAAAUAUGGCUAUAUCAGAAGGGAAUUUUUAUUUCUAUAUUGAGCAUGUGACAGGACUGCAAAAAGUGGAAACAUCAGUUGCUCUGAGGCAGUAGACAAAGGAAAGGAGUGGGGUGUUUUGAUAACCUGUGUAUUCACUUAUUCGGACUAAGUCAGAGUGAACCAAGUAACCCAAAAGAUUUAAGGCUAACUUUGAACAGAUAGUACUUGUAUUUCAAGGUCAUUUGAUGAGGUCAGUUGGUGGUUUUAGUUGCUAAAAGACAUUUCUGUUUUGAAACUAUGAAUAUAGGGAAAAGGCUUUUAAUACUUAAGUGUUUGCAUGUGGCAUACAUUGUAUGUUUGACCGCUCAGAUAAUUUUGUUUUCAUCGAUUGAUGAAAAGGUAAAUUAUUUUAGUAGUUGGAAUUUUAAUUUUGAGCGGUCUUACAAUGGAACCUAGGACCCAGUGUUUUAAGGGAACUCUUGCUAUUUUAUCUGUUUAUCCUUAGUACAAUUAAAAUUUGGACAGAUUAUUCUAGUUAAGCCAUGAGUGUCAACAUGUAAACUUGUUUUGAUUAAAGAAUUUUUCUAUUAAACUGUACUAGUAAAUCACUUCUUUGCUAUUUAUACAAAAAAAAGUGUUGGAAUUCUGAAUUUGCUUCCAAGGGAGUUAACUUGGUCAUAGAGAUUGUGUUAUUUGGAGAGACAGGGAAAAAGCUCAAAAUGAUAAAAAAUAAACAAAAUGUUAUUUUUGGUUCACCCUACCAUUUCUU